UUUGUCGCGUGUUGAACGAGUGUUGAAGUAUUGACGAAAAAUAAAAAAUGUUCAAAUUUUUGAGCUUAUUGGCUUUGAUCAGUGCCGCUACUGCGGCUAGCAUUGGCGCUGGCAUCGACACCACAACCGAGAAGCGUGAAAUAAUACCACUACUCAAAUUCGAGACUGAUAGAAAACCCGAUGGUUCUUUCAGUUUCAACUACGAAGGCGGUGACCAGAGUGCACGUCAGGAGGCCGGUGUCGUGGAGAAUGCUGGCACUGAAGACGAAGCACUCGAAAUUCAUGGCUCCUACCGUUACAUUGACGCCGACGGACAAGAGAUCGAGGUACAUUAUACCGCUGGCAAGAAUGGUUUCGUGCCAGUAGGUACUAAUAUACCCGCGGAAAUUUCUGAAGCUGCAAAGGCGGCGGCAGAUCAACCAAAUGAACCUGAGGGAACGGAGAAAGUGAAACGUUCAGCACGUUCGAAUAAGGCAGGUAAUGAUGAGGAAGGAGAAAAGGAGAGCAAAGGAAAGCAGGAAGAUGAAGAGAAGGAAAUAAAAGAAAACAAAGAGCAAGAAGAACAGGCCAAAGAAACAGUCCAAGUAGAGAAGGUAGAAAAACCAGAAAAAGAACAGAAGGAGGAAGAGAACGAAUUGGUAGAAAAACAAGAUGAAAAGAAGUCAGAAAAGCCUGAAAAAUCUGAAAAAUCAGAAGAGACUGAAAAGUCAGAGAAAUCUGAAAAAUCAGAGAAACUUGAAAAGUCCGAAAAAGAGGAAAAGCAAAAAGGCGAAAAAGAGGAGAAGGAGGAGAAAAAAGAAUAAGCAAUUAUAACUGUUACGAAAAGAAUUCCUCAUUUGGAAAAUCGAAAGUAUUCUACCAGAAAAAAAUAACACGAAAAAGAGUUGUUGAUUCAGCUCUAACUGUAUAGUAUUUGUAAAAAAAAAUUAGUUUAAGUAAGCGCAUCUGAUAUACU